CUCCUGUUCCGCGCGGUUCGGAGAAACGGGACAAGGACUUGGAGAGAAUUGAAUCAAACCGAGGCUUAUUUUGAUCUCAAUCGUCAUCUUCGACCGUCGAUCAAGAACCAACUACUCUUGUCUUCGUUCUCUGUAGCGGAGCCCUAGUUGCCAUCGUCGAUUAAGUUUAUAUUCAUCCAACCUGAGUUCAUGACAAGAUGUCAGGCACUGGGGAAAGAUAUCUCCAAGACGACGCCGAUGAAGCAGCUGAUGAAAAUGGCAAGCAGUCCAGCGCACAAGAGUGGACGGUAGCUAUCGCUGCAAAAGGUGAGGAAGGCGUCAUGACUGGUUCAUCAAACGCAAUCCAUUGCUCUAUUGUCAUGAGCAUUGGGAAGAUUUGCAGGUGCUCUUUUUAGUAUCCAAAGAGAGUUAACAAAGCAUAUAUUGUGAAGGGCCUCUGUGAAAAGUCAGGAAGGAUGGCUGUUUGACGACCUGACUUUUUCGAAGGUCGGUGGGACAUGGGGGCCUCACCUCAUGCAUCCGUUUAAAGUAGAGGAAGUAUAUACAGAAUUAGCAAAAGUUGAGAGUAGGUCAACCAAUUUAUUUGAAGAUUCUGAUCGUUGAAUUUCUUAAACUGGAGUUGCUAGCUCAACUGCAACCGCCUGAUCUGAGGUGUCCCCUUGUUGCAACUAAUCAUACAGCCAAGAAUUUACAGAUGCAUAAUAGCAAUUGAAGUAUUGAAGAGUACAGUAUGUAAACAUUAUACGGCAUGUUAUAUUUAAUAUUAUUUUGACAAUUUUGUUUAUGUUUGAAAUGAAUAGCUAUUCUUAUAGUUGUAAACAUGUGAAAAGUUCAUUUCUUGUUUGAUUGAUUGGAAAAGGAGACGAAAAAACGAAGUUAAUUGGGUUCUGAAUUUUCUUCCUCUUUGGGAUUUGAUAAUUGGCCCCUGCAAAAUGGACUAUUGCUGUAUGAUAACUUGAGCAACCAAAGAAAGAAGAUCCUUCGCCUGAGAGACUUGUAACACGAGCCAUCUCUCGUUAUGAACAAUUUGGCGUCUCUCAUGUAUCUCAAGCCGCCAUGGUAGGUGGCCUUUGAUUCUUGCACCUUCAAAUUAUGACUUGGUAAGCCUCUAUCAUUGUCGACCAUUUUCACUUUCUUAAGUAAACUUUUUAUUUAAUUAAUAUAUAAUAUAUAUACUUUUUUUUUCUUCUUUCUUUCGUCGUUUUUUAUUUUCUUUUGAGUUGUUGAUCAAGUUCAUCCCAUCGUUUCAUCCUAUUUUGUCUCUCUAAUUUGAGAAGAGCUUCAAUGGCGGAACAUCACCCUUCGGAUAUUCAAAUCAUGGUCAAUUCCCGGCAAGGUACUGCAAUACAUCCUGUAGAGGUGGAUGCCCAGUCGUUGCAAGCGUCGGGUUCAAUUGCUUACAGGGAAGUCAAGCAAUUCAAGAAAUGGAUCUCUUGGUUAAUUCCGUCAUUUGUUAUAGCCAAUAUUGUUAUGUUCAUUAUCACCAUGUAUGUUAAUAAUUGCCCUAAGAAUUCAGUCACUUGUAUUGCUCGAUUCUUGGGUAGAUUCUCUUUCCAGCCCCUAAAAGAAAAUCCUCUGCUUGGACCUUCAUCUUUAACGCUACGGAGUAUGGGUGCAUUAGAAGUUAAUAAAGUGGUUCAUGGAGACCAACUGUGGCGUCUCGUCACGUGUAAUUGGUUACAUGCCGGUGUUUUUCAUUUAUUGGCGAAUAUGUUGAGUCUCUUAGUCAUUGGGAUUCGUCUUGAACAAGAAUUUGGAUUUAUACGGAUCGGCUUGCUAUAUGUUAUAUCGGGAUUUGGUGGGAGUCUGUUGUCUGCUCUGUUCAUCCAGUCAAACAUCUCUGUCGGGGCUUCUGGUGCCUUGUUUGGGUUGCUCGGAGGAAUGCUUUCUGAACUCAUCACUAACUGGACGAUAUAUUCUAAUAAGGUACCAGCUCUUCUUACUCUGUUGGUCAUUAUAGCGAUCAACUUGGCAGUAGGAAUUCUUCCUCAUGUUGAUAAUUUUGCUCAUAUUGGAGGAUUUAUUUCUGGAUUUCUUCUGGGGUUUGUAUUUCUCAUUCGCCCGCAGUUUGGAUGGGUUAGCCGAAGAUAUACUUCUAUAACAAAUUCUUCCAUCCCCGUCGAACAUAAAUUCAAGAUAUAUCAAUGCGUAUUAUGGAUCAUUUCGCUAAUACUUCUGAUUGCCGGGUUCACCGUUGGCCUGGUUUUACUUCGUCGAGGAUUUGAUGCAAACCGUCAUUGCUCUUGGUGCCAUUAUUUGUCUUGCGUUCCUACUUCGAAAUGGAGCUGUAAUUCAGAACCUACAUACUGUUUGUCACAUCAGGUAGGUAACCAGUUGAAUCUGACGUGCUCGAGCAACGGCAAAUCCGGGACGUAUAUUCUCCCAAAUGCGUCAAACUCUGAGAUACAAGGUUUGUGUUCUGGGCUUUGUAACUGAUUGAAUGUAAACCCACACCCCUUCAGGAAAAUCAUCAUCCCCUUGUUGGACCACAUGUUUCAUCCUGCAAAUACGCCUCUCUUCUUUCUGUAUAUGCUGUAUUUUCCCCUCCACAGCCGUGUGUGAAGUCAUUUCAUCAGGUUUCAUGAAUCCAGCUUCAAACACACAUUUUAGUCAUCAGGGCUUCAGAACUAAAUGAAAAAUGGCUUUGCCGCAUGUUAUUACAA